AGGUCUAUGGAAAUGCAGGACCUUGCAAGUCCUCAUCCUCUUGUUGGAAGUGGUGAUACUCCUGGUAGCUCCAAACUGGAGAAGGCUAAUCUCAGCAGCACAUCUGUCACCACAAAUGGAACAGGAGGGGACAACAUGACUGUUUUAAACACUGCAGACUGGUUGCUGAGUUGCAACACCCCCUCUUCCGCAACAAUGUCUCUCCUUGCAGUCAAAACAGAGCCUUUGAACAGCAGUGAAGCGGCAACCACCACUGGAGAUGGAGCCCUUGACACUUUUACUGGGUCAGUAAUAACAAGUAGUGGCUACAGCCCCAGAUCAGCACAUCAAUAUUCCCCACAGCUAUAUCCUUCCAAGCCCUAUCCACACAUUCUUUCUACACCAGCAGCUCAAACGAUGUCUGCCUACGCAGGCCAGACUCAGUAUUCGGGAAUGCAGCAGCCAGCGGUCUACACAGCCUACUCACAGACAGGACAGCCCUACAGCCUGCCCACUUACGAUCUGGGCGUGAUGUUGCCGGGCAUCAAGACGGAGAGUGGACUUUCACAGACCCCAUCCCCGUUACAGAGCGGGUGCCUCAGUUACAGCCCAGGGUUUUCCACCCCACAGCCGGGCCAGACGCCGUAUUCUUACCAGAUGCCAGGUUCUAGUUUUGCACCAUCAUCUACUAUUUAUGCAAAUAAUUCAGUCUCCAAUUCAACAAAUUUUAGCGGUUCACAACAGGAUUACCCAUCCUACACAGCCUUUGGCCAAAACCAGUAUGCACAGUAUUACUCAGCCUCCACAUACGGGGCAUAUAUGACAUCAAAUAACACGGCUGAUGGCACAUCGUCGUCGACCUCAACUUAUCAGUUGCAGGAAUCUCUCCCAGGACUGACCAGCCAACCAGGUACAGAUCUUCAUCCAGGAGAGUUUGAUACCGUGCAGAGCCCUUCCACACCUAUCAAAGAUCUUGAUGAGAGAACGUGCAGGAGUUCUGGGUCAAAAUCCCGAGGAAGAGGCCGGAAAAAUAAUCCCUCCCCGCCUCCUGACAGUGACCUGGAGCGUGUGUUUGUCUGGGACUUGGAUGAAACCAUCAUUGUUUUCCACUCACUGCUCACAGGGUCUUAUGCCCAGAAGUAUGGCAAGGAUCCCCCCAUGGCUGUAACCCUGGGACUCCGAAUGGAAGAAAUGAUUUUUAAUCUUGCUGAUACACAUUUAUUUUUUAAUGAUUUAGAGGAAUGUGAUCAAGUUCAUAUAGAUGAUGUUUCGUCUGAUGAUAAUGGGCAGGACUUAAGUACCUACAGUUUUGCAACUGAUGGCUUCCAUGCAGCUGCAAGUAGUGCAAACCUUUGUUUGCCAACAGGUGUAAGAGGAGGGGUUGACUGGAUGAGGAAGCUGGCUUUUCGUUACAGAAGAGUGAAAGAAUUAUAUAACACCUACAAGAACAAUGUUGGAGGACUCCUUGGCCCUGCCAAGAGAGAUGCAUGGUUACAGUUAAGGGCAGAGAUCGAAGGUCUCACAGACUCCUGGCUAACAAACGCACUUAAAUCUUUAUCAAUUAUUAGUACUAGGAGUAACUGCGUAAAUGUCUUGGUCACGACAACCCAACUGAUCCCAGCACUUGCGAAGGUUCUCCUCUAUAGUUUAGGAGGUGCUUUCCCCAUUGAGAAUAUUUACAGUGCAACUAAAAUAGGAAAAGAAAGUUGCUUUGAACGAAUAAUGCAAAGGUUUGGCAGAAAAGUAGUAUAUGUUGUAAUUGGGGAUGGUGUAGAAGAAGAACAGGCAGCAAAAAAGCACAACAUGCCCUUUUGGAGGAUAUCAAGUCACUCAGACCUCUUGGCUCUUCAUCAAGCACUGGAAUUAGAGUAUUUGUAACUGUGUUCUCUAGCUGGAGAUCCAUUUUUUUUUUAAAUUUCAAAAUACACUGAAUUUUUAUGUGUGAUUCAAUGCCUCUGGCUUUACACAUAUAAAUUGUCUUAAAGGAUGAAAUCAUAUUUGGAAAGAAAAUUCCAGAAUGAAGAAUUCAGAUUGCUGAAUGGAAUUAAACUUUAGCGCUACAGAAAGGAAGCUCUAUGGUCUUAUAUUUACAACACUUUAAUGGUUUAAAAAAAAAAAAUCUGUGGAGGUUGCUGGUACACACCAAGUGAGUCCUCACUGGAAUUAACAGCUUUAGCAAAGAACGCUGACCCUGGCAGAACGCCAACACAGGCUCCGUCCGACAAGGUGGUGUUCAACAACAUUCCUCAAAAUGGGAGAUAUUCUCAGCCCUGAGGUUUGAAUCUGACUUUAGCCUACCUAGCCCAGAAAAUCUGAAUUGGAAUGCACUCAGACUGUAUAAGGACAAUCCUAUCUAGACCUGUAAUUUGUGUAAAUUAUUGAUGAAAAUAAUUUACUGUGACUUUAUUAGCAGCUGACUUUGCAAGUGGAUGCAAUUUUUCUUUCAUUUUUUGGGGAGGGAAGGGGGUGGGCAAUGGGAGUCUAAUAAUGUCUCUUUUUUAAGUUUGGCAAACAGAAUGUUCAUACUGAUGUGUUGUGCCUUAAAGACAAGACAGCGUUUGUGUGUUACGGUGUAACUUUGGUUAAAAUCUCUGUAGAUAAUGAAAAACAAAAACAACAACAACAAAAAAACCUUUGUGAUUAUUCUUAAGAUGACCAAAUUUAAAAUUCAAGCUAUCAAAGUUUAAUACUGCAUCACCAAGAAACUGAGUAUUUGUUGCAAUAAGAAAACAAUGAUAAUAAAGGAAAGCUUGUAUUUUA